UUAAACGUUUUUGCUACGUCAAGUGGAAACAACAACAAGAAGCGAUUGUUUAUAAACUUCUUUUCUUCUGUUUAUAAACUCGAAAAAUAUUUCAGAAAUGGAAUACUAUCAAGAAAUUAAAUGGCACGAACAUGCUAAACACCUAAAAAAUACGCAGAAAAAUAUUUACCUCACUUCUGCUUACUCGGACGUGAUAAUUUGUGCAGGCGAAAAACGGGCAAGAGCUCACCGGCUGGUUUUAAGUCUAUGCAGCGACUUGCUGUACACUAUAUUCAAGGAGUAUCCGAUAAACGAGACAGCUACUGUCAUCCUACCUUGUGAUCUGAACAGUCAGGUCGUAGAUAGCUUGAUAUCUUUCAUGUAUACCGGAGAAGUGUUCAUUGAAAAUGAUCUGCUGGGUGAGUUUCUGCACGCCUGUAAGCUGCUCAAACUUAAAGGAUCAAUACAGAUAAACGACCACGACUCGACGAUGGAAUAUUCAAUGGAAGACGAUACAAUCCCGUUGCAAUCAGAUAAACUGGAUACGUACGACAGUCAAAUCAUUAUGCAAGAGGAGUACAUUGUUGAGAAUCAAAACGACGAUGGCGUCGAAAAUGCUGAUGAAAGUUUCAUUGAAUCCUUAAUUACGGUAGCACCGACAACAGUGCCAGAUGACGAGCAAUCAAACGCAAUUGAAUACCAGUCUGGUGACGAUAUCGAUGACACGGGAUGCACGGAAGAAAAAUAUGAGAUUGACAAUGAAUCGUGCGGGGAAUUCGAAGAGUUUGACGAAAUGGAGCAGUUCGAUGUUGCAUUAACUACGGAUAACAGCGGUAUUCCUGAUCAGAACGAAAAUGAUUGGAAAAAAAAGCCGGUUCGAUACUCAGAGGCAGCACUACUUGAAGCGUUCAAUGAUCUGGCUAACGGGGCAACAAUUAUGGACACAAGCGUUAAAUACAAUAUCCCACGGUCCACAUUGUACUGCAAAAUUCGUUCAAAUACAAAGUACUCGUAUCUGUAUCGGUCAAUUCGUGAAUCCGCAAUUAAAGAAGCUACAAACGCUGUGGUUUACAGCAAAUUGAGUCUUCAACAAGCAGCUACCCAGUUCGGCAUUGCUAAGACAGUUUUGUGGCGAAAAUUGCGACAGUCCAGCGAAUACAAACCCGAAGACAGGAGUCAUGCUUGCCGUGAGCAGGCUAUCAAAGCGAUUGAAGAAGGUGAAAAGUUGUUGAACGUAUCCAAAAAAUACAACAUCCCAAUUUCGACAUUGCACCGGGACAAGAUUAAGCUGCUCGAACAGGGUAAGCUGCCGAAACACUGCACAGUUGUGAAACGCGAAGUGGGACCUGAAUUUAAGAAACGAAUUGAAGCGGCAUUGGAAUCGUGCAGAAAUGGAAUGACACAGAAGAUGGCAUCGCAACUACACAAUGUUCCUAAAACGACCAUAUGGCGAUAUAUGAACUCGAAAACGGGGAAAAACUGAUUUUUGUAAUUUAAAUAAAAUAAAAUUUAUUUUUGUGAAUGAAAUACA